AUGAUGGCAACAGAAUCAUUAGCGAGCAUAACACCCAUGGAAUCUCUUGUGAAGAAUUUUAUCGAUCUAAAUAUCAAAUCAAUUAUUUCGGAUCCGAAUGUAGACAGAUCACAAUUAGAACAAUAUGCCGCUUUUCCACUUGAUGUUUCUCCAAUUCAUUUGGCUACUAAGAAGGCAUCUAUUUGUAGUUUGGACAAGGACGUCAUCUCAUUCCUCUUUCAUGACACUGGAUACUCUGAAAGAGCUCCUUUUCACGGAAAUUCAAAGUUGAAAAAGUUUGUGGCGUGCCAUACCAUAUUAGCAUUCAAUGUUUAUGAUAUUCACAGAGAUAAUUUAGAUGUUGACAAAGCUAAUCAUGAGAAAGCUUCUGUUGGGGAGGAUAUUGAAAAAGAUGACGGCUUAAUGACAUCAAUUUUCGAAAUAAUCAUACAAGAAAAAUUUUCAGUUGUGUGGAAUCAUCGUAAGGAAUAUGCGAAUAGCUAUCAUUCACUACUCAUGAAUAACAACUUUGUAUUGCAGCUAUUGGAAGAAUUCAAACCAACAUCUCCAGGAUUGUUGGACAAGAGUGACAUGCUGGCUUUUUUAUUCGCCAAAUUGAAGGCUUUAGAUUUAGAAAAUGCUUACUAUCCUAAAGUUCACUCCUUCUACGAAAAGUUGUUUUCGCAAUACUCCAUUCAAAACAUUUGGAAAUUUGCAAAGCUGGCAUUCUUUGACAGCACUCGGUUCACGAACGAUGAUUUUAAAUAUGCGAGAGAACAUAAUGAAUACAAAGUGUGGGCAAGUCCAAGACAAGUCUUUAAGGAAUAUCACAUUUUGGAUGCAAUCAGAAAAGCACCCUUUGAUCAGUACCGCAAGGAGCCUCACCAUGGUGGCGGAGACGAUUGUAUAAUUCUUUAA